GAACUAGUCGUUGGUUGCGUAUCACGCCUUGGAUCGUUCGGCUGUAGCCAUAUUGGCUUGGUAUGAUUGUCGUGUCAGUGAAUAGUGUCGCGACAAAAGUUAUUAAAAUAAUAAUACUAUUAUUGUUGUGUACCGGAGUGGAUAUUGUUACAGAUAAUAAUAAUUAUUAAAAUGGAAGAGACUAAAAUAAUUUAUCAUAUUGAUGAUGAGGAAACGCCUUAUUUAGUUAAACUAACAAUAUCACCGGAACGAGUGACACUAGCAGACUUUAAGAAUGUAUUGAAUCGUCCGAAUUACAAAUUUUUUUUCAAGUCUAUGGACGAUGAUUUCGGAGUUGUCAAAGAAGAAAUUGUUGACGACGAUGCACAUCUUCCCUGUUUCAAUGGACGAGUCGUUUCAUGGCUCGUAUCCGCUGAGGGAAGUAAUGUAUCUGAUGGAGCGUCACAGUGUACAGAUUCAGUGGCUCAUACUGAUGCUAAACAUGACAGGGUUGAUCAUGUACCAACAGGUCUUACGAACCGCGGACCACCGACAAUGUCACACGACGACACGCUUACUGAAACAGAAAGUAUUAUAAGUAGUCGACAGGGUCAUCAUCAUUUACAUAAAAGUUCAAAACAUCAUGCUGAUAAAUAUGAAAAGUAUUCUAAAUAUAAUGGAUUACGUAUAAAUGGACAUUCAAAACACCGUUCAGGGCACGGUUACGAAACAGCGUCAAUAUUGAGUUCUGAUCUCGAGACAUCAACAUUCAUGGAGUCUGAUGACGAUGCGAGCAGUCGUAUAACAUCAACAACUGGACGUCACACAAAUAUGAGUAGUACUAUUGAACGUGCUACAUUAGAUCGCCGUAGACCUCAAAGACGACGGCGACAUAGACUCCCGCCAAUGUCUCGUACAUCCUCAUUCAGUAGUAUUACUGACAGUACCAUGUCACUCAAUAUUAUAACGGUAUCUUUGAACAUGGACACUGUUAAUUUUCUUGGUAUUAGUAUCGUGGGGCAAAGCAAUAAAGGUGGCGACGGUGGAAUAUACGUCGGCUCUAUUAUGAAAGGAGGCGCAGUAGCUUUAGACGGCAGGAUAGAACCCGGUGAUAUGAUUCUCCAAGUAAACGACAUAAAUUUCGAAAACAUGUCUAACGACGAGGCAGUAAGAGUUUUACGUGAAGUCGUUCAAAAACCUGGGCCAAUAAAACUGGUCGUGGCAAAGUGUUGGGAUCCAAAUCCAAAGGGCUACUUCACAAUUCCACGCACAGAACCGGUUCGCCCAAUAGAUCCUGGCGCUUGGGUAGCGCACACAGCAGCAAUACGCGGUGAAGGUUUUCCACCACGUCCACCCAGCGCGACGACCUUGACUUCGACAUCUAGUAGUCUCGCUAGUACGCUGCCCGAUACUGAACGACCACUGGAAGAGUUACGCUUGAGUAUCAAUACAGAUAUGCCAACGAUAGUACGUGCAAUGGCCCGGCCGGAUUCUGGUCUCGAGAUCCGUGACCGUAUGUGGUUAAAAAUAACAAUCCCAAAUGCAUUCAUCGGUGCAGAUGUUGUUGAUUGGCUAAAUACACACGUUGAGGGGUUUAUUGAUCGUCGCGAUGCGCGUAAAUAUGCAUCGCUUAUGCUUAAAGCUGGAUUCAUCAGACACACCGUCAAUAAGAUAACAUUUUCCGAACAAUGCUAUUAUAUAUUUGGUGAUUUAUGCUCGACAAUGGGCAGCAUGAAACUCGACGGCGAUACUGUUGGACCCCUGCCACCACCCAUCGGUUGGGAGCUUGGAACGUAUUCAGGACCUUAUGCACCCCAUUCCGCUGCUGGAUACAGUCCAAUGCCCUUUAAUUUCACCAAUGAACCUACUAUAUAUGGUUAUCAUCGUGAAGAAAGUAUCCACAGUGAGUCAGGCGGAAGUAGCGCGGGUAGUGAGCAUAUUUGCAAAGAGCCAAUUCAUGACUUAAAAUCGUGUUCAUCAGCAUCUGAGUCUGAACUCCACGUACCACCAACAGUGCCGAACAAAAAUUCCGGCAACGGCAACGGAUCUAAUGGGAAACGAUCCAACGGCAGCCGCAGCAGAUCAAGCGGUUCUGAGCAAUCGGUACAAACAGGCACUGGCUCGUCGAAUCAGCAGAAUCAGCAAGAUUUAUCUGGUAGUAGACAGUCAUUUCGAAUUGCGAUGGGAAAUCCGUGUGAAUUUUUUGUCGAUGUUAUGUAGAAUUUCUAUUUUUUUUAAUUUUUUUUUUUUUUUUAAUUUUAUUCUGUUUUCAAGUUAUGUACAUAAUUUUAAUUAUUCUUCUCAUAAAAGAAUGAGGAUGUCGUUUUUUUACUCGAUUAGAUUUUUAGCAUGACGUACUUUGGUUUUUUUUUUUCUUCACGAUGUUGAAUAAUAUUUUUUGGCCCCAACAUCAAAAUUAAUAGUCAUUAUUAACGAAAAAGUCUCUAUUUAAAAAGAGAGUAAAAUUGUGUGUUAAUGAAACGGAUUUUACAAGGGCGACAUUCUUUUAUUAAUAAUGAUAAUAAUUAAUUUUAACAUGUACUUGUAAAUAAUGCACAUUUUUAUGCGAUGCUUUGUUGAUUUCUCACGACAACUUUUUUGGGAAUUAAUGCACGUUAAUUAUUCUUUGAAGCUUGGUAUGCUUAAUUAACAUCAACAUCAACAUCUACUCACUUAUAAUCAUUAACAUAAUACAUCAAAUAGAAGUAUGUACUUGUAUUAUGAUAUUUAAUGUAUGACAAUACUUUCUUACAUUCAUCAGAAUGUACUCUACACUUUACACACUAUUGUUUACUUCUUUUACGCUUAUAAUAUAUAGACUGAUAAUUAACGACAGUCUGGUCGAAUUAUUAUUUAAAAGAUACAAAUUUUUAUUAUUAGUAUUAUUUAUCUUUUCAUUGCAUGAGCCAUUUAAAUAAAUAAUAAAAAAAAAUAAUCGAA